AGGGCUUCUUCUCUCCCCUGUGUCUGCCUGCUAGAUGUUCCUCUGCAGCUGAACAGCUGGCAGGCAGCCCGAGAUGGGGCCCUGCUCAGGAAACCCCCACCUCCGCUGGGCCUCCCGGCUCCUGGGACUCCUCAGCCUCCUCUUCAGCAUUUGCAGCAGUGGGACCAAAAGUGAUGGAGGUCCUGGUCCUGGAGUUCAGGAUCCUGGAGCUCCUGAUCUUCUGCAGGGGAUCCGAGGAGGUUCUGUGCUGUUUCAUAUAUUUGAGAAGCAUGAAGCUGAGCUGGAGGAGGUCUCGUGGGGCUUUGGUCCUGGGUCAGAGUACAGAGUCCUGCUGCGAGUCCGUCCUGGGGAAGCUCCAAUAUGGGUGAGCCUCCAGGACAGGUACCAGCAGAGGGUCCAUGUGCCCAACAUGAUGUCUCUGAAGAUUGAGAACCUGACCCCCGAGGACAGUGGGCUGUACCGGGCUCGAGGCAGCUUCACUGGAGGAGUAGAAUUUACCCGGGUUUUCCACCUCACUGUGUAUGAGCCUGUGCCCAUUCCCCAGAUCCUGGUUAAGUCACCAUCCAUCACUCAUGGCUGGUGCAAUGUCACCAUUGAGUGCAGAACCUCAGGGGACACAGAGGACCUGAAGGUGACCUGGGAGGGCAAGGGCCUCCCCAGGGAGCUGGAGGAGAGAGUGACACUGGGACCAGCCCCCAAUUCCUGGACCUUGGCUGUGCACCUUCCCUGGAGCCAGCCCUACACCAACAUCACCUGUGUGGUCAGCAACGAAGUGGACCAGAAAACUGCCACCUUCGACCUUGGGGAAGUCUGCCACCUCAGGGACGCCCAUGGUUCACUUGGAGAGGCGAUUAUUGUUUCCCUUCGAGGCAUCCUAGGGUCUGUCGUGGUCAUGGUGUUGGUCCUCAGAGGUGGACUGUACCUUUGGAAGGUACACAGGAAGAAGAAGAAGAAGAUGGAGACUGCAAGAGGAGCAGGAUCGCAAGAGGACUACAGGGUCCGUGAUUGUGGCAUCUAGAGUGCAGAACUGAGCCGUCAGGAGUCUCUUGAGGGUCCUACCCAGGACACCACCUUACCUGCAGGUGCUAUGUCUCCUGAGCUCUUCUUGGCAGUUUCUCAGACUCAUUUUAAAGAAUACCAGUUAGGGGUUUUUUAAAUGUCCUCAGUGAAGAUUUGUUUGCUGUUUCUCUCAUGAUUAAACUGGAAUUCUUUUUGAAGAAA